UGAUGACAAAUUGCACACGUGGUAUUGUUUACGCCAUUUUCUUGAGUUGUGGAUCUGUUAUUAUAAGAAGAACAUUCUUUAAUUUUAGGACCAUCUACACAAGUAACCUGUACGGUUGAUAGCGCGUUGCACUAAUGGACGAGCAAGAAAUCCUCACAACCUUAAAGAUACUGAUUAUAGGUGAAAGCGGAGUUGGAAAGUCAAGUCUGCUGCUGCGCUUCACAGAUGAUACCUUUGACCCGGAACAAGCAGCCACAAUUGGUGUGGAUUUCAAGGUGAAGACCCUUACAGUUGAUGGAAACAGGACCAAGUUGGCAAUAUGGGACACAGCAGGCCAGGAGAGGUUCCGGACCCUGACACCAAGCUACUACCGGGGCGCUCAGGGAGUUAUACUGGUGUAUGACGUCUGUAGCAAGCAGUCCUUUAGUCGACUGGACGCAUGGCUGAAUGAGCUGGAGACCUUUGCAACUAAACAUGAUAUGAUCAAGAUGCUGGUAGGGAACAAGAUUGACAAGGAGAGGAGGGAGGUGAGCAAGGAAGAGGGCUUAAAGUUUGCUCGCAAACACCACAUGCUAUUCAUUGAAGCAAGUGCAAAAACCAAAGAAGGGGUACAAUGUGCAUUUGAAGAACUUGUGGAGAAGAUCAUCCAGACACCAGGUCUGUGGGAGACUGACAAGCAGGGCCUAACGCUAGGUGCACCUCAUCCCAACUCGUCUUCCUGUAGCUACUGUGUAAUCUGAUCUCUGCCGCCUGCCUGCCCUCGGCCCCCGUCUUUCACUAGCCUCUUCACAGUACACAGAGUACAGAGUAUGACCGACGCCUUUAAACACAGCUGUGGACAUAGCUCAGAUUUGUGUCAAGAAGUCUUCUUCAGACUUGUAUAUCUGUUCUUGUUCACACCGCUUUGUGUUUGGAGACUACAUUGAACUUAGUUUCUCAGGUUAUUGUGUGAUGGGCUUUUUCUGACAUCAUGUUUUAUCUCAAAUCUUGUAAAAUCAGUUACAAAUGUUAAAACUAAGAAAUGACAUUCAUAAGUCCAUUGUGUACAUAAACCUAAAUUAGAAAUGUAAACAGUAUCUAGUCAUCAAGACUGCUGGGAAUCAGGUCAUAUGCUAGAGUUGUGUUGUUUACUUCAGUUUACCUUGGUAUCAGUAGGAUGGGUAAGAAUGUCUCCUGUCAGCUAUAAGCCAAUCAUUAAGACGCCCGGUUGUCAGUCAGGUCAGAUCUACAAGCUUGGUUUACUUGGUAGUCAGUGUGCAUCAUGAACUGAAGAUAUUGUCAUUAAGAUAAAGUAGAAACAAAUGUCUCUCUGUACUGAGCUGUGUUAUAUGCAUACAAUUAACGUAAUGUAGUGUCUGAACUCUUUGUAUCUGCCUCUUUGCCCAUACCAUGUUACUCCUCGGUAAAUGGCAGCCAGACAUAAUCAGUGUUUUUAACUGUCUUAACAAUUGACUUGGCUAAAAAAUGGAGGAUAAACCAUAAAAUAUCCUUCCACAUUAAAGUGUGAAAAGUAGCUGAGGUCGCUUCGUGGAAUGGUGCCCUGGUCACAAUAGACAUAAUAAGGGGACUCAGGCGUGUUGAAAUUGUCUUGUCCAAUUUCAUUAAGAUAAGUUCUUUUACCUCGAUAUGAUAUCUCUCUGCAUGAAGGGAUCUUGUCAGGUGAACAUUCUAAUUUUAAGCAGCAUAUCUGAUGACUGUAUCUCGUAAUGAACUUAAACGGACAGUUCUGAAGGUACAUAAUAAAGGCAACACCAUUCUGUUGUGGAUAUGUUGUGUACACCCUCUUGUUUCUGAGUGCCAUGGCAUAUAACCCAAAGGGGAAGUACAAUCAAAGGAACAUUUUUGUUUUCAUAGUGGGUUUUCUUUUGUUGAAAUAAAAAUUCUGGACUGAUGUGGUAAAGAAAAUAAGCCAAUUGUUGACAUCUGAUUGGCUCAGGAAGCAACACAUCCUUCAUUUAGAUUUGAUGGUCUGUGUUCUCUCACGGUUCAACUGAUGCGACCUUCUAUGGAGGGUUGUCUGGUCUUCACACAGUGUGGCACUGGAGUAAAAUAUCUGAAUCUGCUGAGUUUGUCUGUUUGAUCAGCCAUCGAAUGUACCCAGUCCGGCAAGACAAAUAUGCUAUUUCCCCACCACUGAGCCUCUCUACUUAUCAAAGAAAUGAACAGACAUUUAUGUCAGUAUUGAUAUAUUUUAGUCAGUGUUUGCUGAAUGAAACAGCACAGAAAUAUGUUCCUUAAAAUACUAAAAUUUCAAGUUUGCUUGACAACGGUAUAAGGAUCUAUACUGAAACGCUGCCUUCACAGUUAUUAAAGAAGUUGUUAUCCAUAAAUUGUGUCUUCUUGGUCAUCUGUCAACUUUUAAGUAAUGCCUAUCAAACAAUUUAAUAUUGUUGUCUGAAGGGAAGUCAGAGGAUUUCAGUGAUGUGUGCAUGUGUAGAUUGUUCAUUUAUUCAUGACAUAAAGUGGAUGUUCUUUGACCUGUAUCUAUUUUAAGGGACUUUGGAAAUGUUACUUGUUUAUUUUUUACAUUUGACAUAAAAUGUUUAUUACUCCAAAAGCAUGUCUCUGUAUGAUCAAUUAGUUUAUUUUUGUUGUUGUUGAAAUCCUUUUGAUUUUAUGAAAUGACCUGUUCAUAGAGUUUUAUGGAUGUUCUGCCACAUUUACACCAAAUAACAAUGUACAGUCUGUUACGUAGUCAACUUUGGGUAGAAAAGUCUUCAAGAGACUGUAAUAUAGUUUGGUCCAACAGAGAUUCAGGUUUAAUAAAACAGCAUACAUUUCUGCUUCUGAGGGAUGAUAUUUGCCUAUUUACAAAGACUUGCCAAAGUUGUCUCUAAAAGAUAUUUGACUUGAAUAAAAAAUCCUGAAAGAACUGAA